AUGGCAUUAGCGUGUCAACCAUAUGUCAAACAAGAAUUGACAGGGAAGCUGGCAGGUCCAAAACUCGGAGGGAGGGAGCUGAAGCAUUCCCUAUUAACCCUUCGCUUCAUCGGGGCUAUACGCAAGAUUCGCGACAUAAACGCUAUGCCAGAAGGCGUCCUUACCGGUAUCUACGAUGCACCUCGCAUACCUCAACGUUACAAAAUAUCCGAGAGCCAGAAAGCUCUGAAAGGCAUCCUCAAGACCGAAGCGGAGAGACGCGACUCAGCAACGAACACGCCGUCGGGAUCAAGCUUGCCCAGCACAUCGCCGCUUGCGAAGAAUGCUCCUUGUCGGCGCCUCUUUUCCGCUCCUGUGCCGCGCUCCGUAUCGCUCGCGGCAGAAUUGGCAGAUGUGAUCAAGCCUCGGGCAGUAUCUGCAUUCUCUGGUGUAAGGCACGCACUACCCAGGACGACGACGUUGCUUGCUCCAGCAGACAUUGACCAGGAUGAGGCGUUGUCGUUUCAUCAACAUCGUAACCAUGAACAUCGACCUCCUGUUAUCCGACAUUGCCUGCUUUCUCCGCCAGAAUCGACUAACGGUUUCGAAGAUCUACCUGCUCGGGCUAAGGCAAGGUCUCUCAAAGAAUUGCUCGAUCUUGACAAUGGGACGCAUAGACAUACCGCAGACGGGUUGACCGCUGACCCUGCGCCACUUCCUGACAUGUUCGUGCCAUCAAUUGCAGUUCCUUCGGAAAUGACCAAAGCCGUAAUGCCCAUCGGGACCGUUCGACCAAUACCAUUCACGACUGAGCAUCUCAAGCCACAGACGUACAAUGUUGUUUAUGGGCAACUACAGGUACUAUCAUCUCGCUCCGUAAUGAUCGACUUCAGGGAGCGAGAGCGCAAGCGGGGAAACCGAGGCGAUGAAGUCCUAGUAGUCGCCCCGUCCGGUAUCGUUGUCAAGGUCUACGCCGCGCCUGAUCUUGAGGAACCUUGCUACCUCGCAGAACCGGUAUCUGUACACAAACUUGAUGUACUCCCCUCUCGAUAUUGGAGAAUUUACAAUGACGCGAGCCGGAUUUUGGAGCAGGUCAAGCAGCGGAUUCCAAAGGUCAUAAUGUACGAGGAUGAAAUCAAAUUCAGCCUCAUGUGCAACGGGAUCAAAGGCGACAUCGAAGUGUUAUUCUCCGCGGAUUCUUACCGGCAUCCAUGCGCCAAAAGUAGCGAAGGUUUCGUUACGGCAAAGGAGCCGCGGUCGGCCAAGGGCAAAGACGUCGCGAUGCGCAUACGAGUGUCGAGGUCGCUUUCGUCCGUCGAAAUUGUGCGACUCGUCCCAAGCUCACGCGACCAGAAACUCGAAGGCGAAUGGAAGAAGAAGACGCUGCUGCUGGUGUCUGGAUCGACCGUUCCGACAUCCGAAUGGGCCAACCUGGACAAGGUUGAAGCACGCGGACUGAGGAAGGCGAUAAGCUUCAUGUCCGUCUGCGAAGCUGUUGAAUCGGUCCAGGCAGCUGCGGACCAAUCCACCGCAGAAAACUUAGGUCUGCAGCUCGAAGCAUGCGGUCCCUCCGCAGCGCGUCGCCGCGGACACACCAAAGUACCGACUCUUCCCUCAACGUCGCGUACACUCUCAGGCUCUAAGCCUUCGAAUGUCCUGGGCCGAGAAGCGCCUGUGCGACGCAAUACUUCUUCGGAGCACUGCAAGUUCGAUGAGUCAUUGACGAUGACGCCCCCGCAUGCCACCCUCAGCUCCCGGUUCAUUCCUGGGGUGGGUUGGUGUAUCAGACAUGACGGGGAGGGAAACGAGGGUCAAGGAGCGCGAUUCAAGAUCAUGUUCUUCGAUGGCGUGAUACUCGAUGUAGACGUGGAUGGGGAAUGGGUGGAAUUCCAGUCCGCAUCCGGUGAAGUCACGAAGCUUCAGGUUAGAGAAUGCAAUGCCAGGCGACAGGUUGGCGACAGGAUGAAGGUCUUCAGGGAGUUUGUCUCCAUGUUUGACACCUCAAGCUCAUAA